UGCUCCACUCGCCGCUCCGUCCCCGCACCACCGCAGUCCACGGCCCCGCCAGUGACCGAGCCGUCGCUGCGCUCUUCCCUCCCCCGUCUUUCUUCCAUGAUCCUCUCUCCUCCUCUUCCUCUCCUCGCUGAGCUGCGUCUCUGUCCGCCGGCGCCGCAUCAUCUGCAUCCCUAACAUGGGAACACAAAGCUGCCGUUCUUCCAUCUAGACGGGAAGUCGCACCUCACAGAGUCAAGAUGGGGGGCACAGUGAGUGAGGAGCCACCAGUCUCCCCCAGCUGGCUGAGCCCUGAUCCCACAGCGUGGGCCAGCGGGGCCCCGAUGGACAACAGCACCAGCUUGGGGUCGUUCCCAGCGGAGGACUCCCCCCUGCGGCCCAGCCAGCUGCCACUGCUGGUCAACCCCUGGGACAUCGUGCUGUGCUCAUCGGGGACCCUGAUUGCCUGCGAGAACGCCUUGGUGGUGCUGGUGAUCUGGCAGAACCCGACGCUCAGAGCCCCCAUGUUCCUCCUGAUUGGCAGCCUGGCUCUGGCCGACCUGCUGGCCGGCCUGGGCCUGGUCCUUCACUUCACCUGUGCCUACCUGCUCCGCUCGGACUCGGCCCAGUUGCUAACGGUGGGUCUGGUGGUGGCUUCGUUCUCGGCCUCCGUCUUCAGCCUGCUGGCCAUCACCGUCGACCGCUACCUGUCGCUAUACUACGCCCUCACCUACAACUCGGAGCGGACGGCGGCCUUCACCUACACCAUGCUGGUGCUGCUGUGGGGUCUCUCCCUGUGUCUCGGCCUGCUGCCAGUCACAGGGGUCAACUGCCUGGCCGAGGAGGUCACCUGCAGCGUGGUUCGACCUUUGACCAAGAACAACAUCGCGGUCCUGUCCAUCUCCUUCCUGCUGCUCUUCGGCCUCAUGCUGCAGCUUUACGUCCAGAUCUGCAAGAUCGUGAUGCGCCACGCCCACCAGAUCGCUCUGCAGCACCACUUCCUGGCUGCCACGCCCCACUACGUCACCACCCGGAAGGGCGUGUCCACCCUGGCCAUCAUCCUGGGCACCUUCGCCGCCUGCUGGAUGCCGUUCACUGUCUACUCCCUCAUAGCCGACUACACCUACCCUCCGCUGUACACCUACGCCACGCUGGUGCCUGCCACUUACAACUCGGUCAUCAACCCGGUCAUCUACGCCUUCAGGAACCAGGAGAUCCAGAAGGCGCUGUGGCUGGUGUGCUGUGGCUGCGUGCCGACCAGCGUGGCGCACCGUGCUCGGACACCCAGCGACGUGUGACCUCGGAGACCCCGGGUGGGACGAGAAGGGUCAGCUCUGCUCCUCCGCUGGAGCCGUCCAGCGUUACGAGGAGGGCAGCAGCGUAAGGAGCAGCUCUGGUUGGAGACGCAGCAGCCCGCCGCGUCUUCCUGUCUUCCCAGCGCCAGGCCAAGAAGGUGGGCUGCACCCUGCCCACUCUGUGUGUUCUUAAUUUCUACCGGAAAGUGCAUCCCCGUGUUCCGGUGCGCGAAAAAAAAAAACGCACGCCCUCUGACAGCUCUGUAGCUUUGCUUGUUUUCAUGAUGCACAGAAAUGAUCCCAGCUGAUGAACAGCGGCUGAGCAACACUUGAAGCCCGUUUGGGGCAGCAGCAGCAGCAGCAGCAGCAGCAGCAGCAGCAGCAGCAGCAGCAGCAGCAGCAGCAGCAGCAGCAGCA